AUGGCCAGCACCGCCAUUGAAACGCCUCCUUCAACACAACCUGUAGGACGACCCAGCUUCCACCACCGAUGCACCGAAGAUCGCAUCCGCGAAGGCACAGGCCGCCCCCCUUCGUUUUCCGGAUCUGGAAAGUUCCCCAGAGAACGCAAGUCCGUGUUCAAGGAACUCGGACUCGAUACAACGAACAUCCACUCCAGCGAGCCUACAGGGUCCAACCCUCACACUUCCAGCAACUAUGAAUACCAAACCACAACAGGUAACGGGAACCCCAAAGAUCAUAGCAACAAGCGCGCAUGCGACGACAAUGAAUAUAACGACGACUACACUGCCCCCCCACGACGAUCAAAAACAACACCAGCGCAACCCAGCGGCGGCAGGCGAACCGCCUCCGCCAGCGAGCCCGUAUCCCCAAUCAUCCCGGACUCUUCCUCCUCCCCUUACCACCACUACCAACAACAACAACAACAGCAGCAGCAGCAGCAGCAGCAGCAGCAGCAGCAGCAGCAGCAGCAGCAGCAGCAACAACAGGACCAGCAGCAACAACGGCCAUGGUACUCAAAGUUAACCCAAACACGCCGACCCAAGAUCAGAACCGCGUCUAGUGCACCACCCCCUAGUCUGUCGACUCUCACGAAAUUAUCGUCGGUUGCUUUGCUCCUUGCCGUGCUGUUACCAUUUUUGGGCUAUUUCAGGGGUUAA